UACAUGUACAAAGCAUGCGAAGACUCAAGAGAAAACUCGUGCUGAUAAUUUUAAUCUGUGUAUAUUUUGCAAUUUUUAUUAACGUCGCUGUGGAUCCACUGUAUUUGCAAUGGAUCCAUCGCUACGCCUUCGGACAUGAAAUUUUACGAGGAGAUGUUGUGAACAAGCAAGCUGAACUCUCAAGGCGUAUACAUUGCAAAGAGAAACUAGCAAUCCCUGGCGAAAUGUGUCCCAAACUUUUUUCGGAGAUGUCCUCCUGCGACCUAACUGAGGAUGGAUUUUCCUGUCCUGACAUCCGACGUAAAGGGAAUACUACGCUGCGACAGGCCCAAUUGGUACUAACAAGAAUAUUACGAGUAUUCGACCUCAUUUCACGCAAGCACAACAUGCCAUACUGGGUGCGAUCCGGAUCCCUUAUAGGAGCCAUAAGGCACAAUGGGUUUAUUCCAUGGGAUGAUGAUAUAGAUAUAGAGAUACCACUCAUAUAUUACGUCGACUUCUUUGAAAAAUUCUCCAGAGAACUACCGGAUGAUAUGUUCUUCCAAACCACCAGGACAGACGUGAACUACACGUACCACGACCGACUGCCGAAGAGUAUUUUUAACAUUUGGUCGGUCAGUGAUCAACGAGUGGGAUUGCAUCAUCACCCUAGGCUUCCCAAAGUCAGAGAUCGAUCUAGCUGCUACAAAUUUUGUCUUAAAAGAGGAUGCGCUUAUCACGACGGUCUGCAGCUCGAUAUCUUCGUGGUCGAUUCAAUUCCUUGGGGAAUAUUUCCGUUGAGGGAAAUGACCUUUGAGGGAUUCAACAUUCUUGUUCCAAACAACUGGAAAAGUAUGAUAGCUGCUGAGUAUCCACAGUUUAUGGACUUACCUGAAAAGGAGUUGAGGCUCCCGAAAAAUAUGGACAUUGAUCCCGUGCACGGGUGCGAGGAGCUGUCAAAGAAGUAGAAAUCUGAAAUGUGGAACAUCGAUUACCGCAAGAUAAUAUACAUUUUAGCUAUGUGGCCAGGUGGUUUGAAAUGGGUAGACAAGAAUCUUGUUCUACAUCAAUUCAAAAUGGCUGCCCAAGUACUUGCUUUAGGCGGUAUCUUAUUGGUGAAACCGCUUCCUCUCACAGUCACAUUUAAGUCAGCACGCAAAAGAUUGAGAUUAUACAGACAUCGGCGACAACAGAAAUGAAAUUUGUAAUUGAGAUUGUGAACACUUCGGGCUUGAGGAACAUACUUUAGUUUAGAGCGCACGAUCUUUACUAAUCGCAACAAAUGCAUGAGAAGGACACGUGAGUGAAGCAAAUGUAUCUCAAAAAGAAUUCUUAUGAUGAUUUUGUGAUGUAACCCUUUCACUCCCAUUAUCUCUUUAUUAAUUCUCCUUACUGUCUGCCAUACAUUGUUUAUAAUUUUAGUUUGGAGAAUUUUUAUUUUUAUUUUAUUUAUUUUUCUAUAUUCUCAUCUCUUGCCUUCUUGAGAUUGUAUUGAUAUUGUAAGGAGAAAUUCUUUCUUGGUCACUUUGUUGACAACUGUAAAGUUUAUAGUGUUUCACGUUAAUUGCACGCUUUGGUUAUAUGACCGAUGGCUGGUCAAAGUUUUCAAACAGCUAAAUGACCAGAUUUUUUUCAGAAAAUUAGACAAAUCGAAUUAUCUUUUACAAUCCAAACUAUUUUAUGUCAGUGAGGCACUCGUGGGGAUUUAUAAAUCUCAUGUCAAAUCCUUGGUUUACGUUUUCUCAGAAUAUCGAACCAUGGAUGUUGGCGCUCCAGAAAUUGCGUGAGGUCUGCGACGUUCUUCAGGGCUCAGUGAAAAGGAUGACAAAGAAUAGGAGGGCAAUACUGAACGCGACACGUGUGUUUCAACUCUAUAUUAUAAAAUAAUUCAAAUAGUACGCGCGCUCUGAUUGGCCAUAAAACCAUUUUACAUGAGCGUAUGUAAACACGGUUUUCGUUCCUCUUUCAUUAGUUAUUUUAUAAAAGAAAAGUAAAAUGGUUUCCGUGUUUAACUUAACAGUAUAGGAUAUCGUCACAAGGUCUACUAGUGGUCAAGGUUCUUACACCACGAGAUGACCGUUAGUCGCAAAUUUUUAUAAAAAUUUUCGAAAAUUUAGAGAACUUAUACAAUUCAAAACGCUAGUUGUCAACGAGGAACUGGUGAGCGAUCUCGAGGAGAUCUAUAAACAUGACGAGCUUUGCUCAAUAAAAAAUAUUCUCACCAGGGAAGCGUAAAAGAAUCCACAGGCAAUGUGACUCCGCGGCGGGAGGACUGUGAAAGAGAGGUGUUUGGCUUCGAACGUGAAAUUAAUUAAAGUUAACGAUUAA